AUGGCCGCUCAGCCUCCUACGCUGCCUUACAUCAGGGAUGAGGCCUCCACCUCCCAACAGGUCUCCUACCCAGCCUAUCCCCACGAUGAGUACGAUCACGACAUGGAAAUGGACGGCGAACUCGACGAGGACGAUACAGAGAACGCGGCUAUGUUCCAGUUCUGGACGGCUAAGCGGCACAUGAUCCGCAAGGGCAAGAACAAGGCCGACGACGAAGUCGCCCUCCCCUGGAGGUUGCGUUCUAGGCUCAAGACGGUCAACGCCGGACUCUUCCUCUGCCUCAACAUUGGCGUCGAUCCACCCGACAUUGUCAAGACUAACCCAUGCGCCAAGACCGAGUGCUGGGUUGACCCGUCGACUCUACCGUCAACCAAGGCCAUUGAGGCAAUUGGGAGAAACCUUCAGCAGCAGUUCGAGACGCUCAACCCCAAGGUCCGCUACAAAGUUUGUCUAGACCCGUCAAUAGAGGAGACCAAGAAGGUCUGUUCCAACUUGAGGAAGAACUCGCGUGAUGAGCGUUCUUUAUUCUACUACAAUGGCCAUGGUGUGCCGAAGCCAACAAACGGCGGCGAGAUCUGGGUGUUCAAUAAGAGUUAUACCCAGUACAUCCCGGUCAGCCUGGUGGACCUGCAGGAGUGGCUUGGAAGCCCCUGCAUCUACGUCUGGGAGUGCUCAGGCGCCGGCAGCAUCAUCACCAACUUUAAGACGACAGCGCGGCGACGAGACGAGGAGAUGCGGCAAGCCAACGCCGCGUCCGGUGCCAAUGAUCCCCCAGGGGCGUCCUUCAUGGACUCAAUUCAUCUAGCGCCGUGCGCAGCAAACCAGGUGCUCCCCAUGUCACCCGACUUGCCUGCAGACCUCUUCACUUGCUGCUUGACGUCGCCCAUCGAGACGGCCCUGCGCUUCUUCGUCCAGCAAGAUCCAUUGAAGCGCAACAUUACCAGCACGCCGGACAACCCUCGCAGCCGCCUCACUGUUGACAUGGUCAUGAAGAUCCCUGGCGAUCUCAAGGACCGCCGCACGCCCCUCGGUGAACUUCAAUGGAUCUUUACGGCCGUGACCGACACCAUCGCAUGGCUCUCGUUCCCCCGCGACGUGUUCAUGCGGUUGUUCCGUCAGGACCUCCUCGUCGCCGCCCUCUUCCGCAACUUCCUGCUGGCACAGCGCAUCAUGACAACCUACCACUGCACGCCGGUCUCUCAUCCAGAAUUGCCAUCGACACACAAUCACCCGCUCUGGGACUCGUGGGACCUCGCUGUUGACGGUUGUCUCGCGCAACUUCCCGAACUGCUCGACCUUCAGGCUGCUGCGGAGGCAUCCGGAUCAACGACCUCACCGAUCAGCACUUACAAACCGUCGCUCUUCUUCGCCCAGCACCUGCAGGCAUUCGAAGUCUGGCUCCAGCACGGCGGGGGCCAGGCCAAGAACAAGUUCGCCGGACCGACGCCACGAAAGGAGCCCGAACAGCUCCCCAUUGUCCUACAAGUGCUGCUGUCACAAGCGCAUCGCUUGCGAGCGUUGAUCCUGCUAUCGCAGUUUGUCGACCUCGGGCCAUGGGCCGUCAAUAUGGCGCUGUCGAUCGGCAUUUUCCCCUAUGUGCAGAAGCUGUUACAGUCGCCUGCAGCCGAGCUCAAGCCCGUCCUCAUCUUCAUCUGGGCGCGCAUACUCGCAGUAGACAAGUCCUGCCAGAUGGAUCUCUUGAAGGAGAAUGGGUACAACUACUUCGCCCAGAUCCUCGCUCCCUACCCCGUCUCAGGUCAACCACUCGUCAUUCCUAACGCCAACGAGCACAGAGCAAUGUGUGCGUUCAUCCUCGCGAUGUUGUGCCGCAACUUCCGCGCGGGGCAGCAGGCUUGCUUGACCUACAAUGUAUUCGAUCAUUGCUUGACCCGCCUCCAAGAGAACGACUGGCUCUUGCGAACGUGGUGCCUCCUCUGCAUCGCACAGAUGUGGGCGGACAACGAUGAGGGCAAGGCCAUGUGUAUGGACCAAGGACGACAGGAGCUCCUCAUGGCCGCGCUGCGUAACACGUCGGUCGAAGUUCGCGCCGCUGCGCUCUACGCCUUCGGGACAUUCCUUGGCGCGUCGAGCGCGCCGAUCGACGCACCGGAACCCAAGGGCGGAGGCGGUAUGGGCGCUCAGCUGGGGAUCAAGGAGCACCAGCAACUCGAGGUAGAGGCGGGUCUGGCGUACGCGUGUAUGAUGACGGUAAAGGAAGACGCAAGUCCCAUGGUCCGCAAGGAGCUGGUGGUGGUCAUCUCCUGCGUUGUCCGCGAGUGGCGAGGAUGGUUCGUUGCGGCUGCCUGGUGCUACUAUGAGCAGGAGGCAGCUCUCGCUAGCUCCAACGCCGGGUCCGAGGACGACUCGGACAUUGUCUCCGAGGCGCUCGCUGCUUGGGUUGCGUCAGAUGAGAUUGCGCCCGAGCAGCACCAGGUCAACCUGACGUUGCUGAGCUCGUUCAAGACACUCUUCGAGACCCUACUCGACCUCUCUGUUGACCCUCACUCCGAGGUCGCGGGUAUGGCCUCCACGGUCGUCGACUACAUCGUUGCUUUGCUUCUCAGUUCCGCCUUCAACCGUGUCCCCGGCACGUCGCUCAAUGGCCUGAACCGUCCUAAGGUCGGGCGGUUCCCCCAACACCACGUCAUUCCAGAAGUACCGCAGACUCCGUCGCGGCAGAUCUCACGGUCCGAUGCAGUAUCCGUCGCCAACUCGCCGAGCUCGGGGACGCUGAAGCGGAACUCGUCUGUUGCGACUGCACUGCGCAGCUUGGCGUCGAUGACGGGUUUAAUCCAGCCUGAGACCGUGGAUCCGGCGCCGGCGCCCUCCGAGCCCGUCACUCGCACCGACGUCGACUCUCAACAGAACGGCGCGCAUUUCUACAAGUCGCCGUAUCCAGACGCCAGCCACCAGCGUGUCCUGCCGGAAGGGGUGGGUGGUGGACGAGGCAUGCUCGGGGCCAGCGUCCACCACUCGCUCGAUCCUACGCCGGUGCAGGCCGUGUCUGUUCUGGAGGCACUGGUGGAGGAGGACAUGGAGCGGUUGCGGCAACGCCGACUGCGGGGGACGCAGGCCGGCGGCGACGCUGACGGGCGUUUCUCAAACAACGGCCUAGCCCGCGCCAACGACCUCGGGAUUGGAAUGGUGGCGGCCGAGGUCAAGGACGACGUCGUGCCGCUGCGUAGCGGCUUCUUCGACUGGGCAGUCGAGUACUUCCGCGAGCCGCAGAUGAAGGCGCCAGACAACGAGGAGCCCGGUAGCGUGACGUAUAACCAGCAAGCAUGGAGGCACUUGAGGAACGAGUCGCAGAUUGAGCGCUCCCGCAUCAACGAGGACUACGCAGCACGGCACAGAUGGGAUUACGACGCCGGGACGCUGCAGAACGACGCGUGGCCACUGCAGCUCGCGUUCCACGCGCACGACCCCCACCUUGCUGUAACGGACGAUGAGGACAAGAUCUGCAUCUGGGACUGGACAACGCGCACUAAGUUGAACAGGUUCAGCAACCAAAAUAUCGCCGGAAGCAGCAUCUCAAGCCUGCACUUUAUCAACGAGACGGCGACGAGCUUAAUGCUCACGGCGUCGACUGAGGGUUCGAUCCGCAUCUGGCGAGACUACGAGGUACCAGGCGAGACGUCACUUGCAUCGGCCUUCCGUGCUGUCAGCGACAUCUUCCCUGUUGGGCACCACUCGGGCGUGUUAACAGCUUGGGAGCAGCAGAAGGGCCACCUGCUCGUGGGUGGCGACAUGCGCGUCGUGCGCUUAUGGGACGCGACUUACGAGCGCCAUCUGCGGGAUAUCAGCACUCAGGCGGGCGCGAAUCUGACAGCGAUUUCGGCCGACGAGCCCGACGGAAACGUGUUCGUUGCGGGUUUUGGCGACGGCGUCGUACGCUUAUUCGACAAGCGUCUCGAGGAUGCGAGCCAGGUCGUCCUCCGCACAUGGCGCAAGCACCACACCUGGAUCCAGAGCGUGCACCUCCAGCGCGGUGGCCAUCGGGAGCUCGUGACGGGCAGCAUGAAUGGAGACGUAAGGAUCUGGGACGUACGCGCCCCCGAUACGCCGCUGUACGAGAGCAGCGUCCAACCACAGGGCCUGCAGGCGCUGGCCGUGCAUUCCGGCGCACCUGUCAUGGCAACGACCAGCGCGCCGGCCGGUAACUCGCUACGCCAAAAGCUCAUCGUACAGGGCUUCCCGAACCCCGAGAAGCCCAAGACGCUCAGCCGGAUCGACAUUGCCCUCGCACCAAACUACGGCGGGCCGAGCCGCGCGGGCUUCAUGCCCUCGGCCGCAAGUCUCGUGUUCCACCCAACCGAGAUGUUGCUCGCUGCGGGCGGAUACGAUUCGAGCGGCACUGUCAAGCUGUAUAAGUGUCGCACGCCCAGUGGGCCGCUGUAUGACGAGGGCGCAAGCGCAGUGAGCCGCAACGGAUAUCACUAG